CAUAUAAUUCAUCAUGGCCUCCAUACAUUUAAUGUGAUUUGAAGUAUUUAUUUAUUUUUAUGCGGUUCAUAUUUAUAUUUAUCUGAAAUCGGAUGUUGUGCAUUUCGUGACUUAAAUUCUUUACCUUAGUGUUUCUAUAAAAUAUUGAUUUCUGUAAUUCAUCCAGCUGAAAAAUGAAUGGAUUGAGUUUUAGCGAGCUUUGUUGCUUAUUCUGCUGUCCGCCUUGUCCGGGACGAAUUGCAGCAAAACUUGCAUUUUUACCGCCAGAACCAACUUAUGAUUAUACAGCCGAUGAAUCUGGAUCUAAAUUUACUAUAAAUUUAACCGAUAGAGCCGAAUGGCAAUAUUCUGAACGAGAAAAGGAAAAUGUGGAAGGUUUUUUUGCACGGACCUCGAGGGGCAAUCGAAUAGCAUGUUUGUUUGUGCGUUGCAGUACCAAUGCCAGAUUUACCAUUUUAUUUUCUCAUGGAAAUGCAGUCGAUUUAGGACAAAUGAGUAGUUUUUACUUGGGGCUGGGUUCUAGAAUAAAUUGCAAUAUAUUUAGUUAUGAUUACUCUGGAUAUGGAAUGAGUGCUGGGAAGCCAUCUGAAAAAAAUCUCUAUGCCGACAUAGACGCUGCUUGGCAUGCACUGAGAACUCGUUUUGGUAUUAGUCCUGAAAACAUUAUAUUAUACGGACAAAGCAUAGGUACUGUUCCAACAGUUGAUUUAGCUUCAAGAUAUGAAGUUGGUGCUGUUAUUUUACACUCACCACUUAUGUCAGGAAUGAGGGUUGCUUUCCCGAAUACCAAGCGAACAUGGUUCUUCGAUGCUUUUCCCAGCAUCGACAAAGUUCCAAAAGUAACAUCACCUGUCUUAGUGAUCCAUGGGACAGAGGAUGAAGUAAUUGAUUUUUCACACGGACUGACGAUAUAUGAGCGAUGUCCUCGAGCCGUAGAGCCACUUUGGGUUGAGGGCGCUGGACACAAUGAUGUUGAAUUGUACAACCAGUAUCUAGAACGUUUAAAGCAAUUUGUAUCUGUAGAAUUACUCAAUUGACAAUCACUGCAUAUUACGGG